GGUGCUCGUGCUUGCGCUGGUUCCGCCACAUCACCUCCUGCAUCUGGCCGACGCCGUACAGGGCGCGCUUGACUUCCUCGUCCACCACCUUCUCGCCGGCCUCGGACAACUCUGCCAGAAUCGAUCGGACUGCGUUUGUGGUGCGACGACGGGAUUUCGACCGCACUGGUCCUGCAGCUCUGCAGCAUCGAGCCGGGGCGGCGCGUAGACCUGUUCAUGUGAUGGAGUUAUUCCUGUACUAAAUUUUAAAAGUGAAAAAAAUUUUUUUUCGGGGAGCCAGAGGAAUGCAGUGAGUGGAUGGGAGCGACGGACGACAAAGAGGCACAAUGAAAGACGACUUUGCAGAAGAGGAGGAGGUGCAGUCUUUUGGCUACAAGCGGUUCGGAAUCCAGGAAGGCUCCGAGUGCACCAAGUGCAAAAACGACUGGGCCCUGCGUGCCGCCAUCGCGCUGCUCUACGUCCUCUGCGCCCUGCUCACCAUCGCUGUGGCUGUCCUUGGGUACAAAGUGGUCCAGAGAAUGGACAGCGUCGCCGAGGGAAUGCAGAAUUACGGUGGCAAAAUCAAUGCCGUGGAGACCGACUUAAAGAAACUUGACUAUCAAACGGGCGGGAAAUCGGUAAACACCACCAGUGACAUCAAGACAUUUAAAUCGGAUCUCGAGGCCCUGCAGAGCCAGCUGAACGACAUCGCCGUCAGGUCGACACGAAACCGAGACGUGCUGAGUGAACUUCAGUUGACCGGCGACGACACGCAGGACGGCCAAGUCUCCCUGCAGAGUUUGCUGAAGGGCAACGGCGCCUCGCUUCGCGGGGUCAACCAGACCUUAACGUCCUACGGCGGCAUGAUAGGCGACCUCCAGACGGACACGGCCAGACUCCAGUCUGAGAUCCAAGGUCAGGUCAAAGAGCAGGGUCAGUCUCAGGUCAGCAUCAGUGCGCUGAACAUCACGCAGGCCCAGCAGCGCAACGUCUUAAGCUCGCUGCAGAAGACGGUGGAAGAUGCCGGCCAGGUGGUGCAAAAACUCAAGAAUGACUAUCAGAACCUGCAGCAGACAGCCAGACAGACUCGGGUUGACACAGACUGGCUGAAGGAAAAAGUCCAGAACCUUCAGGUUUUGGCAGCAAACAACUCAGCCUCUGCGCGGUUCAACGGCGAAGCCCUGGACGAUUUGGGGGCUCAGCUCAACACGCUGGCAAGUCAGAUCCAGAACACCUCCGUCCUCGCUGAGGGUCAUGAUCAGAACCUGAGGGAACUCAUGGACCACCAAAGGGACCACGAUAACGUCACCUCAUCUAAGUUUGACGAGAUGGAAGCACGCCUGGACAAGCACGAGAGCAACAUCGACCGUGUGACGGGCAACGUGAGUUUUACCACGCAGCUUCUCGGGACCAUCAGCUUGGACCUCAAUAGCAUGAGGUCAUGCGCCGAGACAGUGAUGCGCCACUCCGACGUGCUUCUGGGCUUGAACAACAGCGUGGACGAAGCGAAGGCCGAGAACCGAGACCUGCGCGCCCAGCAGGACGAGUUGGUGGCCCGCCUGGACAAAGAAGUCAACAACCUGUCUGUGGUGAUGGAGGAGAUGAAGCUGGUGGACAGCAAACACUCACAGCUCAUCACCAACUUCACAAUCCUCCGGGGUCCACCUGGUCCAAGGGGGCCCAAGGGGGACAAAGGGCCCCAGGGCCCUGUCGGCCAACCAGGCCAGAAGGGCGAUAAAGGAGACAAGGGGAUUCCAGGCAUGAUGGGACAUAUAGGGGAGAAAGGUGCUACUGGCCUACAGGGGUUGAGUGGUUCAAAGGGUGCGCCUGGCUCCCGAGGUCUUCCUGGGUCUAAAGGAUCAAGAGGGGCCGGUGGUCGACCGGGGAUCCCUGGAGACAAGGGAGACCCUGGAGCUCAAGGCCUUCCGGGCAGAGACGGACUACCGGGUGUGCCGGGACCGCCAGGACCGCAUGGUCUCAGGGGAGAUGCGGGACCUGUCGGCUCAGAGGGGCGACUUGGGCCCGUCGGACCCAUUGGCCCUCCCGGUCCUCCGGGGUUACCCGGGUUGCCUGCGCCGACUGUUUUAAAGCCGGUAAACCCCACUGCGGCCCCCAAACCAGCUGACGAACCGGAAAGCGCUGUGACAAAGCAGGCCCCGAUGCCAUCGCCUGCCCCGACUUCAGCGCCUGGUUGUCCGGCAGAGUUCAGGAGGUUUGGAGGCAGCUGCUAUUAUUUCUCCGCCGCCACUCAAAAGGCCAACUAUGAGGAGGCCAGUACGUUUUGUUCCAAGAUGGCGGCUCACUUGAUCAUUAUCAACAACAAUGAGGAACAGAUGUUUGUGAAGGACACGGUCUCAGGAAAAGGGUUCUUCUGGCUGGGCCUCACUGAUAAAGACGAAGAAAAUGUGUGGAAGUGGGUGGAUGGCAGCAUACCGGUGUUCAAGAAAUGGAAUCCGGGCCAGCCCGACAACUGGACUCGUGGCCACGAGCACGGCGAGGACUGCGCCGGUCUCAUCCAAAACGGCAACUGGAACGAUUUCUACUGCACCGAGCGCUUGGGCUUCAUUUGCGAGCGGACUGCCGAAAACAGCCGAGGGAAGGCGACGUUUGUUACUCCAGCGAUGCCUCUCUUCGCGACCAACCCAUUUGAUCAAGAUGUUGAGAAAGCAACCAGUGAGAUGAACACAGCAGAGGACUGGGGCCUCAUCUUGGACAUAUGCGAUAAGAUCGGACAGUCGCGCACGGGACCAAAAGAAUGCCUUCGCUCCAUAAUGAGACGAGUGAAUCACAAGGAUCCCCAUGUGGCCAUGCAGGCGCUCACUCUUCUCGGUGCGUGCGUGUCAAACUGUGGCAAGAUUUUUCACUUGGAAGUGUGCUCCAGAGAAUUUGCCAGUGAAGUCAGUAAUGUGUUAAAUAAGGGUCACCUUAAAGUGUGCGAGAAGCUCAAGGCGCUGAUGGUGGAGUGGGCCGAGGACUUCCGCAAUGACCCCCAACUCAGCCUGAUCUCGGCCAUGAUCAAGAAUCUUCGGGAGCAGGGCGUCUCGUUCCCCGCGGUGGGCUCCCAGGCGGCGGAGCAGGCAAAAGCGAGCCCGGCCUUAGUGGCGAAGGAUCCCGCCACCACCUCAAAUAAGAAAGAAGAAGAAGACUUGGCCAAAGCCAUCGAGCUGUCCCUGAAGGAGCAGAGACAGCCGAACCAGACGUCCUUGUCCGGCCUCUACCCGAGCACCGCCGCGCUGAUGCCCGCGCACAAGUCGGACGGGCGCAAAGUGCGCGCCAUCUACGACUUCGAGGCGGCCGAGGACAACGAGCUCACCUUCAAGUCGGGAGAAAUCAUCACCAUUCUGGACGACAGCGACCCCAACUGGUGGAAGGGGGAAACGUACCAGGGGGUGGGCCUGUUCCCCUCCAAUUUUGUCACCGCUGAUCUCACAGCCGAGCCUGAGAUGAUGAAGACGGAGAAGAAGACGGUGCAGUUCAGCGAGGACAUUCAGGUGGAGACCAUCGAGCCGGAACAGGAGCCUGUUUUUAUCGAUGAGGACAAAAUGGAUCAACUGCUACAGAUGAUUCAGAGCGCAGACCCCACAGACAACCAGUCAGACAGUGUUGAGUUGCUCCAGCUGGAAGGAGCGUGCAAUCAAAUGGGACCUCUCAUUGACCAAAAACUGGAGGACAUAGACCGAAAGCACUCUGAGCUGUCUGAGCUCAAUGUGAAGGUGAUGGAAGCUCUGUCACUGUAUGCCAAGCUCAUGAACGAAGACCCCGUGUACGCCAUGUACGCCAAGCUGCAGAGUCAGCAGUACUACAUGCAGCAGCCCCCCGCUGCCGCCGCUACACAACAGCAGGUGUACCCCGCCGCUCCCGCGUCCGGCUCGUACGGCAUGAGCGGCGGCGGCAUGCCGGGUUACAACGUACCUGUGGAGCAGCUUCAAGGCCAGACGCCCAUUCCCGGGCAGCCCGCACCCAGUGAUGUUCACAUGUACAUGGCUCAGCCUCCCGUCUACGCCGCCGCCGCAGCGGGCGGCAUGCCGCCGGCCGACGUUCACGCCUACCCGGGCUGCCCUGCCGCGACGCAGGCGCCACCCAACUACGGCCCGCCUUCUGUCCAGAUUGCACCGCCCUCCGCCGAGCCGCCGCAAGCCCCCUACUCGGAGAAGGCCUUGUUAUAGGGCCCCCGCUGCCCCCACAAACACGCAUUUACACCAAAAGUCAGCAAAGUAGUGCCAGAUCACUUCUUUUUUUUUUUUUUUUUUGUGACGAUUCUGAAAUCAAAGGUUAAAAAUGCCAACCCUCCUGAUUUUUUUUUUUUUUU